AUGUCUAGUUUAUAUCAACCCCUCCCUGCCGGCCUCUUGCCUGGAUCAUUGCUUCUGGGAUUUACUCUGGCGCCAAAUAUCUUCUUCCCAGUAUUUACAACUAUUGCGAACCAUGUGCCAAUUCUAGCAAGACUUGGCCCCAUGUUUAUGGAAAACAGCCGCCCGUUUAAGGCGCCGUUAUUGGCCUUCGUUGUACUUGGGGGCGUACGCUGGCUGAACCGCAACCUCUCUAUCAUGGCCCAGAACUCCUGGCGCACAACUCUUCCGAAUGGUUGGGACUGGUCGAAAGAAAUUGCUGUAGUCACUGGUGGUAGUAGCGGCAUCGGCCAAGCUGUCACUCAAAGACUUGUGGCCAAAGGCCUGAUUGUGGCUAUUCUGGAUGUUCAAGACCCUCCGGAGUCGAUGGAGGACCAACAUCGGACGCAUUUCUACAAAUGCGACAUCUCCAAGCCAGAGGACAUCGCAGUCGCGGCAGAGGCCAUCCGGAACGGGUUGGGUCACCCAACUAUCCUAAUCAAUAAUGCCGGGAUUUCCCAUCGGUGCCCAAUUCUUGAACUCUCCGACGAAGCCCUCCAACAGUUGUUUGCCAUCAACUGUUUUGCACACUGGUAUACGGUGAAGCAAUUCCUUCCAGAUAUGAUCAAACAUGACAAGGGACAUGUAGUUACUGUAGCCAGCUCAGCCUCCUUCGUUGCUGUUGCCAACGCCGGCGACUACUCAAGCAGCAAGAGUGCCAUCCGUGCUUUCCAUGAGACGCUCGGUUCAGAGCUGAAGCAUAUUUAUGAUGCCCCAAAUGUGCUCACCACGGCUGUUCAUACCGAAUUCGUCAGGACGCCCAUCUUGAAACACCAACAAGCGCAUCUUGACAAAGAGGGCAUAUUCAUGCUCGACAGCGACUUCGUUGCGGACAAGAUUGUCGACCGAAUCAUGAGCAGAACCGGCGGCGACUUGAUUCUUCCAGAGAGUCAUUCGUUUGUUGCAGGCUUGAGAGCUUGGCCUGCAUGGUUGCAGGAGCUUGCUCGUGAUAAAAUGGGUCGACGUGCGAGGAGGAGGAGAGCGGAAACAGCUGGUGCUGCGCUUCACUGA